AUGCCACGCCUCAUCUUGAAACGGAGCUUGAGCAUAGGUCUACAAUCUUCGAGGAAGAGGCAACGCUUGGAGACUUACAGCCAAUCCCAAACAGUUACCAAACUGGUAGAGCUUAUUGGCACGGGCAAACUCAGUGUCAUUGGCGCAGUGGACCUUGCAAACUGCAUGAUAGAAGAUGGAGCUGAUCAUGAAGCAGUUUGCGCCUUUAGCUCUCUUGGCACCAAUGGUCAAAACCCUCAAAAUUGUGAACGUGAUUUGCACCGAUGGCUUGAAGGUCUUGGCAUGCGACUUCAGCCCUACACAGUAACGAUGGACCUCCAAGUGGAGAGCCAUGAACUGCGACCGCACGAAGUCUCGGUGCUCCUGCCGCACGAGUUGAUCCACUGCUUGUCGCAAGAUGCAUUCGCCUUUAGCUCAAUCUUUCUGGGUAACAUGAACAAGCCUGCCCGUGUUGGCUUUUGGGAGCAUGCAAAAACUCUAGCUCCAUGGAGGGAUCACCCGGUCUUGCGAAGCUGUGCCCCAGAGCGUUUGAUUCCUCUGACAAUACACGGAGACGGUGCUCAAUUCUUUAGAGACGAUGAUCACUAUGUCUAUAGUAUCUCAUCACUCUUUGGCUGCAAUGGAUGCAUACAAACAUCACUGUUGAGCAAAUUCCCCAUUGCAAUAAUCCCUGAACGAUGGAUGCGCUCAUCAAGAGCCCAGAAGUCCGUCAACAACACAGUGGCCCGGCUUGUGGCCUGGAGCUUGAAGUGCUCAGCCGAAGGAGUUGCGCCUGACACAGGCUUGUACGGUGAGCCGCUGACUGGAUUCAGGGCAGAGAUGAAGGGGAAGUCUCUAGGCCCCUGGAAGGGUGCAUACUUUGCUUUCAAGGCCGACCUAAAGGCUCGCAAAUGGAUGCAUUCCUUUGAACGAUACUACAAAGCAAAGUUGAUCUGUGACUCUUGCUUGGUUUCCUCAGGGUGCAAUUGCCCUCCCGAAAUGAACUUCAAGAACUUUGGCGAGGAUGCUGCGUGGCCUCUCACCACAGUCACUCACGAAGACUACAUGAGGAUGCCCGGUCCAAAGAGUGAUUGGCUUCAGGUCGAAGGGUUUCGGCUGGAGAACCUUGCAUUUGAUUUUAUGCACAAUGUCUUUUUGGGCACGGCGAGGGAUUUAUGUGGUUCAUCCAUCAGAGUUCUGCUCCGCUUUGGGUGGUACGACCAUGUGGAGGGCGAUAUCGAUUGCAAGCUCGCAGCCAUCCAACGGGAGAUGGUUAGAGAUUGUCGCGAUCUUGGGUUCUUCAUGCCAAAGAAACCGGUCCUGACAGAAGCGAAUCUUUGUAAAGAGGAUUACGCCCAGCUCGGAACACGAUUCAAGGCUUCCCAUGUAAAGCUGAUUGUCUUCUGGGUUGCAAGGAAGGUGCAAAAGUCCAGUGAACGUGCGCCAAAUGAGGAUCGAGUUAUCCAUGUGCUUGCAGCCUGCACCUAUGCUUUGCAGCGGUGCAUUGAUUUGUGUGAUGCCAGCGGUCUGCUUCUAGACACUUCAGCUGCCUGUGAAGCUGCUGACAGCUUAGUGUUGCACCUCAAGACCUACUCGUGGUUAGCUGCUUUCUUUUUUGCGGAGAGGGCGCUACUUUUUAAGGUUCGCCCAAAGCAUCAUUACAUGUUUCACCAGGCCAUGCAGCUCAAAGCCUGGAGGAUUAAUCUCAAUGGCUUUGCGACGUGGGAUGAAGAAGGAUUUUUGGGGCAGAUUAAAGCAAUCGCUAUUGCUUGUCACGGCGCAACAGCCACCCAGCGAGUGUACCAGAGGUACCUACUUGUCCUAGCUCUCAUGGUCCAAAGGCACCGUGAGUUGAACGACCUUUAG